AUGCAUGCCCUUCUGCUUCAAUCGUUGUUUCCCUUGCUUUUGAUCACUUCCUUUCUUUCGAUCAACGUUGAGUUAAGUCUAGGCCAGGACAAUGAACAAUUUACAAACUGCAGCCAAGAUAUUAAUUGCGGUGGCAUCAGCCUCUCAUACCCGUUUUGGGGAGUAAACCGAGCUAAUUACUGUGGUCGGCCAGGGUUCGAGGUCGAAUGCCUAGAGAAUGUCCCCAGGAUCAACAUAUCGAGUAUCAACUACAGAAUUCUUAAAACGAACUCUAGUGCUCCCUCUGUUACAGUUGCUAGGCAGGACUAUUGGGGAACUCUCUGUCCUCCGACUUAUGUCAACACCAGCAUCAACUUCUCUCAGUUUAAUUAUCCGUCUGGGCUUACAAACAUGACCUUUUACUACGCGUGCAAUACAACUAUAACUAUCCCGGGGCUGGGGGAUAACUAUACUUCCCAAGUUUGCAGUACGAACAACAGUGACAUUACUGUUUGGUCUUUCACCCAGAGUCCCCCAGCUGAUCCAGUUGCUGCCCGCGUCUGUACAACUGGGGUCAUUGUUCCGGUUUUUACGACAGCUGCUCUGGCUCUAGAGGCCAAUCAAACAACUAUCCAGGAAGCCGUAGAUGAGGGCUUUGAAUUGGGAUUGGAGAUUCAUAAUGUUGAAUGCAACAGUUGUGUGGAAUCAGGAGGGAAGUGUGGGGUUAACGCUACUGGUGGAUUCAGUUGCUUUUGCCUGGAUCAGGCCUAUGCAGCCGUAUGUAAUGCAACUGCACCCGGAGCACAAGGAUUGGUGGCACCAACAGUUUUUUAUUACAUCCUAGACAGCUACCUAGGUGUGUGUCAUUAG